GUGAACAGUGAGCUCGCUACUGUUCAUCGUGCCGUUUCUCUUUCGACGGCGCGACGCAGCUCCCUCCUUUCUUCCAGAGCUUCAAACAAGCUUGUCCUCACCGACGUGGAGUUCCUCAACCUCCGACGAUCAGAUUCCGACCAUCGGUUCUCAUCAACGAGUUGAUUUGGCGUGCGGCGAACUGUAGCGGCGAGCUGCGAUUUUCAGCUCAGACCAGCGGCGUUCUUCUGGUCUGAGUUUCCAUUCCUUCACGGGAUCAGUGGCGGUGGUCCUCCAGUGAUUCUGAACCAUUUCCGACAGCAUUUCAACGUUUCCAGCUUUCUUCAUCAGCUCGCGACGCCAUUUCCAGAAAACGCAACAGAGAACAAUUUCAGAAACUGACCUUCCUGAAAUUUUGUGAGCUAAUGCAAGGAAAUCUGAGUAGUCUUGAAGCUUGAGAACUCCAGAUCGAUUUCUGUUGGAGUGUUCUCUGCAGAUUCCUUGUGUGACGGCAAGGAGAAGACAAGUUUGGUUUAAGAUUUGGUGUCUUCCUUUGCAACAUUGCUUGAACUUGACCCGGAGAUUGAGAGAACCUUUUGGGCUUUAAGGAGACAAGCUAGGUCAGCAGCAACUUGUGAGAGAAGAAUUUCAGAAAUGGAUAAUCAGAUAACAGAAGGGGAUCGAACUAUGAAAGAGCUUGCAGCACCAGAUGUGGCUUAUAAGUACUCAUGUAUCACUUAUCCAGACUUGGCAGGAGAUUUUGAACUCAGAUCAGGACUUAUUCAUCUGCUUCCCAAAUUUCAAGGGUAAUCAGGAGAGGAUCCCAACCGCCAUCUACAUGAAUUCCAUGUGGUUUGUUCUACCAUGAAACCGCAGGGGAUUUCAGAAGAAGACAUUAAGUUGAGGGUCUUUCCAUUCUCUUUGUCAGGAGCAGCAAAGGACUGGUUAUAUUGCCUUCCAGCUGGAUACAUUACUAGUUGGAUUGAUAUGAAGAAAGCAUUUUUGGAGAAAUUUUUCCCAGCUUCUAGGACUGCAACUAUCAGGAAGAGCAUUUAUGGUAUUCAGCAAGUAGUGGGAGAGACUCUUUAUGAUUAUUGGGAGAGAUUCAAGAAGCUGUGUUCGAGUUGUCCAUAACAUCAAAUUAGUGAUCAGCUUCUUGUUCAGUACUUCUAUGAGGGUCUACUUCCGAUGGAUAGAAGUAUGAUAAACGCAGCAGCUGGAGGAGCCUUGGUGAAUAAGACUCCAAAUCAAGCAAGAGAGCUAAUUUCAAAUAUGGCAGAAAAUUCACAGCAAUUUGGGAGUAGAGCUCUUGGGACUAGAGUGGUUAAUGAAACUCAUUUGGUUUCGACUGAGCAACACGAAAUCAGAAACAAUUUGCAAGAAUUGACCUCUCUAGUGAAGCAAAUGGCAUUGCAAAAUUCUUGUCAUGUUUCAAAUUUUCCUUUACCAAUGAUGAAGUUGUGUGGAAUUUGUUCAAGCCAAGAUCACUCUUCGGAUCAUUGUCCUAAUCUACAUCAAGAUGAAUGCGUUGCAGUUAUUUCAAGACCUCAAUUUCAGCAACACAAAUAUGAUCCUAACUCUUCAACUUAUAAUCCAGGAUGGAGGGAUCAUCCUAAUUUGAGGUAUGGGAACACAUUUUAUCAGCAGCCACCACAAAAUCAGAUUGGACAGCCAUCAUUUCAGCAUCAGCAGAAUCAACAUUAUUUCCAGAACCAUCCAGCAGUUCAUUCUCAGCAAAAUCAGCACUUCCAGCAGCCUCAAUUUCAGCAAAAUGUUAACCAAAAUCAGCCAUUUCAACCAUUCCAGAAUUUCCAGCAUUCAAAUGUUGCAAUUCAGCCACGUUUUCAGAAUUUACAGAAUCAACAGAAUCAUUUUCAGCAAAUUCAGCAACCUGUGCAGAAUUUCCAGCAGCCAAGUAAUGCAAAUCAGCACCAAUCUCAGCUUGCACUUCCAUCUUCUACAAGUCCUAGAUCAAUACAACCUCAGCACAACUUUAGCAACUCGAAAAUUGAAGAUUUGAUGCAGCAAAUGAUGCAACAGCAACAACACCAGCAAAGAACUGAUACAACGCUGCAAAACAUUGAAAGACAGAUUGGGCAACUUGCUAGCAACAUCAAUCAAAUGCAAAAUCAAGGAUCUGGACAAUUACCUUCACAACCCACUCCAAAUCCUAAGGGAAAUGUGAGUGCAUUAACUCUGCGAAGUGGUAAACAAAUUUCAGAUCCAAAACAGAAUUGUCCGGUAGAAGCGCAGCAAAAUUUUUCCAGACCAAUUGCAGCUUCGAGUUCACAGAAUUUCCAGAAUUUUCUAGCAACUUCAGAGCAGCCAGAUACUGCACAGCAUGGGAUUACUGGAGCUGAUCAGCAACAUUUCAAUCAACCGGAAGCUUCAGAUUCUGAUCAAAUUGAUGGAGCAGAUUUCGGCUUGGAAUUUACUACAACAGCAGCUUUAAAUUCAGCUCAAAAUUCAGCACAUAAUCUGGGAAAUUCUGGACAGAAUCUGGACAGAAAUCUAAACCAGCAAGGAGUUGAGCAUUCUAUUCCAUUACCUUUCCCUCAAAGAAGUGUACAACCAAGGAAAGAGUUGGAGGAAGAAAAGGCUAAAGAAUAUCAAGAAUUGGUGAAAUUGUUCAGCAAGGUUGAAGUGAACGUUCCUUUGCUUACCAUGAUUAAGCAAAUUCCAAAAUAUGCCAAAUUCCUCAAGGAUAUUUGUGUGCACAAAAAGAAAUUGAAGGGAAAUGAAUUGAUAAGUAUGGGAAAGAAUGUUUCAGCAUUACUUCAGCCAGUUCCUCAGAAGUGUGAAGAUCCAGGAGUUUUCACCGUGCCUUGUGUGAUAGGAGAUUGUAUCUUUGAGGAUACGAUGUUAGAUCUUGGAGCUUCUAUUAAUGUGAUGCCUAAAUCAGUUUUUCAGUCAUUAAGAAUUGGACCUUUGCAGCCUACAGGUGUAGUGAUUCAGUUGGCCAACCGUAGUCAAGCACACCCAGCAGGAGUGAUUGAGGAUGUAUUGAUAAAAGUGAGGGAGUUAAUUUUUCCUGCAGAUUUUUACAUCUUAGAUAUGGAGGGUGAUGUGCUUGCAAACAGGGCUUCGCUUAUUCUGGGAAGUCCAUUCUUGAAGACUGCUAGAACAAAGAUAGAUGUACAUGCAGGAACUCUUUCUAUGGAGAUAGGAGACACAGUGGUUCGUUUCAGCAUUUUUGAGGCUAUGAAGCAUCCUAGAGAGGAUCAUUCUAUACUUAGCAUGGAUAUAUCGGAAGAGUUGGAUGGCAUGGAUUUCUUGUCAGAUAUUGAUUCAGAUUUGGAGGUUUCUGAUUUUGGUCAAGAGAAUGAGAUUGUUUCUUUGUUGGAGGAGAUUUUAGAGGUGGAAGAAAGUGGUAGUUCAAGUGAAUGUGUAGGGGAUUGCUUAGGAGAAGCAUUACCCCUAGGAUCGCUCAGAGAGGAAGAAUUAUGCGUAGGGGAUUGCUUAGGAGAAGCUCUACCCCUAGGAUCGCCUACAGUUGACCAAACACAGGAGGAAUUGAAGCCUUUGCCUUAG